AUCUGAGCCUGGGUGCCGGGCCCUGGGCAGGCGGGGCAGGGCCUGGAGCUGGUCCAGGACGGAGCUAAUGAUCAACCAGCCCUUGGGGGCGGUGCAGCAGCGUGGGGCCUGCCUCUCUCCGGAGGCACGGGUGCAGGGAGGAAGUAGGGCAGGAAGAGGGGCCGGUGGCGGCCACUGUGCAGUCAGCUGGGCUUCGGGCGGCGGAGAUGGCCUGCGGGGCGAGCCAGUGAGGAGCUGGGAGCGGCCGCCUGGUGCCGCGGUCCUGCAGAGCAAGGCGCAGAGGCCAGCCCGGCAUGCCGGGCCCUUGGCGCUGAGUCCACUGCGUCAUGGAGGGCCUGACGGGGAGGGGGCCCGUGGGGCCCCCGGGAGGCAGCGGUGGCCGCAAGGUCCAGAGAGCAGGAGCGAGUGCAUCAGCCGUCUGGGGGCGAGCAGGGCCUGAGGAGGCCAAGGCUACCGUGGGAAGCGACGCUGCCGCCCCUGGCAUUUCUCCACCGGCUGCUGGGCCCUCUCCUGGCCAGAUGGGCUCCUACCCCACAGACCUGACUUUGCAGCUGCUGGCUGUGCAGAGGAAAAGCGGAUUGCCCGACCCCAGCCUGCAGCAGGUCCUGCGGGGCCGGCUCCGUCUUCUGGAGAAUGACAGCUGGGAGGUGGCCCGUGCUCUCGGGGAGCUAUCGGCCAGGCUGCUGUCCAUCCACAGUGACCAGGAUCGGAUUGUGGUGACGUUUAAGACUUUUGAAGAAAUCUGGAAGUUUUCCACCUACCACGCUCUCGGCUUCACUCAUCACUGCCUGGAAAACCUGCUUGUGGACCAGACCUUCUGGCUGCUCGAGCCUGAUGAAGACCAGGAGACGGCCAUCCAAGUCCACGUGGAUGAGGAGGCCUUGAAGCUGACGCACGAGAGCCUCCUUUUCCAGGAAGGGCCUUUCUUUGUGCUGUGUCCUGACCACCACGUGAAAGUGAUGAAUGGCCUCCAGCCCCUCGGGCAGGCUUCGGGGUUUCCCCGGGCAGAGGCGGCGCUGCCAGUGGACUCUUUGGCCCCCAGCCACAACACAUCCUCAGAGGAGCGGACAGCCGCGGAGCCCUUGAUUCCGUUCCAUCAGUGGGCUCUUAGGGUCCCCUGGGACCCCAUCAACGACUCCAUGGGUGGACCUGUGACGCCGGACAUCCAGCCGAUGGCUGUGGGCCUGGCCUCGGCCGUGGCGGACUGCCAGGGCUCAGGGCCCGAAGAGAUGACCUUCCGAAGCGGUGACCAUAUCGAGAUCCUGGGCGCCCAGGUGCCCGGCCUGCCCUGGUGCCUGGGCCGGCACGCGGCCUCUGGCCAGGUCGCCUUUGUGCAGACGAACCUCAUCAGUGCGCAGGGCCAAGCGUCUGACUUGGAAAAUGUGAUUUUUCUCAAUGAAGAGGAAAGGUCUUUCUUCAGCAGCGAAGGACGCUUUUCUGAGGAGGAUGCCAGGCAGCUACUCAGGAGGACGUCCAGCACGGACGUCUGCACUGUGUACAGCUUGGACACAGAAGAAGCUGAGAUGCAGCAACAGGAAGAACAUGAGAUGCCCCCGCCUUGCCUGCACCCAGAGCCACGUGAGACCCUGCAGAAGGUGAAGAAUGUCCUAGAACGAUGCAAGUCCUGCCGGGGCUGCCCCAAGGAGCCAACGUCCCCGGGCGUCCACGGGGCGUCCAGUGGUGCGAGCUCACCAGACGCCAAGUCCUGGCGGGGCUGCCCCAAGGAGCCAACGUCCCCGGGCAUCCACGGGGCGUCCAGUGGUGCGAGCUCGCCAGACGCCAAGUCCUGCCGGGGCUGCCCCAAAGAGCCAACGUCCCCGGGCGUCCACGGGGCAUCCGGUGGUGCGAGCUCGCCGGACACCAAGGACCUCUCCUUCCGCCUGGACGCCGGGGAUGCCUGGGCUGACCCGGAGGCCCUGGGCUCCCUGCUGCAGUUACUGGAUAAGCCCGGCUUCGAGGCCGGCUUCCAGGGCCUGUACGACCUCUCCCCGCCCGGGCUGAGCGGCGUGUUUGGCGGCUUCACCGACGAUGAGGAGCUGGCCCGGCUUCUGGCUGAGGCCCGGGGGGUGGCCAAGAAGGCCGGGCUGCCCAUGGCCCUGGCCAGGCUCUGCUUCCUGCUGGGGCGGCUGUGCGUCCGGCGGCUGAAGCUGUCCCAGGCCCGCGUGUACUUCGAGGAAGCCCUGGGGGCGCUGGGGGGCCGCUUCGGGGACCUCGUCCUGGUGGCGGCCGUGUACACCAGCCUGGCCGCCGUCCACCUGCGGCAGAAGAACAGGGAGAAGUGCGCGCAGGUGGUGCCCAAGGCCUUGGCCCUGCUCCUGGGGAUGCCCGGCCACGUCGGCGGCUCCGAGGCCGAGUCGGGGCUCCUGCAGCUGGGCCUGCGGAGGGCUAUCGGCGCCCGCAGCCCGCAGGCCGAGGCCCGGGCCUGCUUCCUGCUGGCCGAGCACCACGCCCGCGGCAAGCGGCCCGAGGAGGCCCUGCCCUUCCUGGAGAGGCUGCUGCAGCUGCACGGGGCCUCGGGGGCUCCGGGUGCCUCGUGGCCCGUCGACUGCUACCUGCUGCUGGCGGACGUCUACAGCCGCAAGUGCCUCCCGCACCUGGCGCUGAGCUGUGUCAAGGUGGCCUCGCGGCGGGCGCGGGGCUCGCUGGACAGCGCGCUCCGGAGCGUGGCCCUGGUCCUGCGGGGCAGCCCCCAGCUCCCCCGCCUCCCCGCCCAGCUCGCCCCCUACCUCCUGCAGGCCCUGGCCUCCCCGGCCUCGGGCGCGGGGCGGGCGCUGCGCGGCCCCAUCUACGCCAGCCUGGCCCGGCUGCACAGCCAGCACGGGCGACAGGGCAGGGCCAUCGCCUUCAUGACGCGGGCUGCGGAGACGGACGCCCAGAUUGGCGGCCGCACAGUCGUGGACCGCCUGGUGGCCCUCGCCUGGUUGCACGUGCUUCACAGGCAGAUCCCGGCAGCCCUGGACAUCUUGGAGUCCGUCCUGGAGGCGGCGGUGGCCGCCCUGGACCAGGAGGGUGUGAUCGCCAACAUGGCGGCUAUCGCCCUGAAGAGGAUGGGCAGGACCCAGCAGGCGGCCGAGGGCUACUACCGCGCCCUGCGGGUCGCCAGGCGCCUGGGUCGCCAGCGGAACAAGGCGGUGGUCCUGGCCAACUUCGGGACCCUGUGUCUGCAGACCGGUGCCGGCAGGCUGGCCCAGCACUACUUCCUGGAGGCCGUGAAGCUCUUCUCGCGGCUGCCCAGCGGAGAGUGCGGCCCAGACUUCACCCAGGUGCUCCUGCGGCUGGGUCACCUGUGCACCCGCAGGGCCCUCACCCGGCAGGGCAAGUGCUACUACGAGUGGGCCUUUCUGGUCGCCGUGGAGACGGACCAUUUGGAGAGCCAGCUGCACGCCGUCCAGCGGCUGUGCCACUUCUACAGCACAGUCAUGCCCAGUGAGGCCCAGUGUGUCGUCUACCACGAGUUCCAGCUUUCGCUGGCCCGCAGGGUGGCCGACAAGGUGCUGGAGGGGCAGCUCCUGGAGGCCAUCAGCCAGCUCUACCUGUCCCUGGGCACCGAGAGGGCCUACAAAUCCGCGCUGGACUACACCAAGCGCAGUCUGGGGAUAUUCAUCGACCUGCAGAAGAAGGACAAGGAGGCGCACGCCUGGCUGCAGGCGGGGAAGAUCUACUACAUCCUCCAGCAGAACGAGCUGGUGGAUGUCUACAUCCAGGUGGCACAGAACGCGGCCCUGUACACAGGGGACCCCAAGCUGGGGCUGCAGCUCUUUGAGGCGGCUGGAGACAUCUUCUUCAACGGGACCUGGGAGCGGGAGAAAGCCGUGUCCUUCUACCGGGACCGGGCGCUGCCCCUGGCCGUGAACACGGGGAGCCAGGAGGCCGAGCUGCGUCUCUGCAACAAGCUGGCAGCGCUGCUGGCCGAGACGGAGGCGCCGCAGGAGGGCCUGGAGUUCGCCCACACGGCCCUGGCCCUCAGCGUCACCCUCGGGGACCGGCUGAACGAGCGGGUGGCCUACCAUCGGCUGGCCGCCCUGCACCAGCAGCUGGGCCACGGGGAGCUGGCCGAGCACUUCUACCUCAAGGCACUCUCGCUCUGCACCUCGCCACUGGAAUUUGACGAGGAGACCCUGUACUACGUGAAGGUGUAUCUGGUGCUCGGUGACAUCAUCUUCUACGACCUCAAGGACCCGCUCGACGCGGCCGGGUACUACCAGCUGGCACUGGCAGCGGCCGUGGACCUGGGCAACAAGAAGGCACAGAUGAAGAUCUACACGCGCCUGGCUGCCAUCUACCACAACUUCCUCCUGGACCGGGAGAAGUCCCUGUUCUUCUACCAGAAGGCUCGGACUUUUGCCACCGAGCUUAACAUCCGCCGGGGACACCUGGCCCCUGGGCGGUGCUGCGGGCGGGCGGCCUGGCUGGUCCCCGGGCCCCCGUCCUGAGCCGUGGCCUCCGUCUGUCCCAGUGUCUCAGGGGGCUCACUUCCUGGGAAAUGCGGGCACGAGGGCAGGGGUCAAAUAGCAAUAAAUGUUUUUUGCCGAAA